AUGGCUCCACCAAGCUCUCCGAAGGACAAGUUCUAUGAGAAGGUCAUCAACCUCUACCUACCGGAGGUGAUGAAGCACCCUCAAGCCAUUGAGAUGCGUGAGGGGGUGCUCCACAUCCAGGAUGUUCAAGGGCCCAAGAAGACGGGAAGCGUGGAGGCCAGGCUCGAGGUGGUGGAGCAGGAGAUCUUCAAGUGCCAAGGGAUGGUGGAACAUGGACUUAGUAUCAACCACUCCAUGAUCAUAGAAUUCACCCAUGACCACAAGCUAGAUGGACAGUCUAUGAAGGACAUCGUCUUCAACUUCAACCAAUGA